UUGUUUAGGUACUAUGAUCAACUCGUUGCAAUUGAGAACAAGAUUGUCAUCUCGGCCACACAGAAUCCCGUGGUCUUCAAAUGGAAGGACGCAUUUGACAAGGGUAGCUUGUUCUUCAGCAAGGCCUCUCUUUCAAUAUCAGAUGGUGCGUUCGAGCGCGCAGCCGUUCUGUUCAACUGUGGUGCCUUGAUGUCACACAUAGCGGCUUCUCAGCCCCUUCUAACCGAUGAAGAAAUGAAAACAGCUGCGAAGCUUUUCCAACAGAGUGCUGGCGUUUUCGCUCGUUUGCGAGAUACAGUACUAGGAAUGGUCCAGCAGGAUCCUACUCCUGAUCUCAUGCCAGAUACGCUGGCUGCUCUCAGUGCUAUAAUGCUUGGUCAAGCACAGGAAUCCAUCUAUAUUAAGGCUUACAAAGGGAAGAACGUCUAA